AUGAAGUCAUUCUUAUUGCUCCCGCUGCUGGGAGCCCUAGCUCUCGCGCAAACACCAACCGACGAGACAAAAUGCCAGUGCCCGCAGGUCAAAUGCGACGCCAGCGACGCGGUUACACAUGCUAACCACUGCGUCCAGACGCUCUGUCAAUGCCUCAACAACCGCGAGACCCUCUGCAAAGAACACUGCCCAGACUACGUCCCAACCUACCUCCCCUGUCCAGCCAAACCCACGUCGACGCCAACGCCCAAGCCAACAGACCCAUCAUGCGUCUGCGAAGAAGUCAUGUGUCUGCAGAUGUGGCCAGAUUCAUGCUACUGCCAGAAUGCCGCAAAACAAAAGUGCUACGAGAAGUGCGGUGGCGCGCCGCCAACACUUCAAGUCUGCCCACCCCUCUCCAGCUCCAAAUUCAUAACCCGCACCGUGCUCCCCACUAAACUCCCGCCCACACCCACGCCUACCAAGAAACCAUGGCCCACGCACGCGCCCUGCGGCGGCGGCCGGCCCAACCUCUACCAAUGCGACGAAGGCUACAUCUGCAUCAAGGACCCUUACAAGCCCGGCUGCGGACCCGAGUGCGAUGGCCUGGGUAUCUGCGUCGAGGACAAGAUGUGUGGCGGUUUCGCAGGGUUCGGUUGCCCGCAGGAUGGGCAGGUGUGCGUGGACGAUUACAGGGAUGAUUGCGAUCCGAAGAACGGGGGUGCGGAUUGUGGUGGGCUCUGUGUUUGGCCGCAUUAA